UCUCAGCACAUGUAGCGUGGAGCUGGUUUCUCCUCACGCGGCCGGGGGGGGGGGGGGGGGAGGGAGAGGGAUACAUCGGGCCAUUUUGUAAUUCAGAACAAAAAUGUGUUUGCCAAAAUCUUUGAUGCACAUAUCGGCAUACCUCCUGCUAGUGGCAAUCAUGAACAACAGCUAAGCAUUAAGCGUGUAUUUAAUUUACACGAUAUGUUACAUUUUAACCAUUGUUUUAUAAACAAUAAAUCGAAUUUAUUUGGUCCAUUUGCAUAUUUCUUUAAAAGUACGAUGUCUGAACUACAAUAGCAUUUCGGAGAAAGUGAGAUUGUUUCAGUGCGAUGCUGAGGGAGUUGAAUCGCCCCCUCGCUCCGUGUGAAAGGGGCGGAGACAGGUGAGCGGUGAAAGCGAGGUAAGGUGAUACGGGCUCUGCAGGAAUGCGCAUCAAAUCCGGCACAUUCACUACAGGUACCGCUUCCGUCGCCAUAAAUCCCAGGGGGAACAAACAAACACGCGGAUGCGAAGCCGAAGAGAGCGGUCGCGCGCUACUGUGAAAAGGAAGGUAGGUAAACCCAACGGAAACGCGGCGACGGCGGGCUGGCAUUACUGCUUCGGCGCUGGUAAAGUGGGUGUGGUUACAGAUAUGAAUCCUGUCCCUUUGGCCUGGGUCUGGCUGGGGUUGUGGUUGCUGCUGUGGCCUCCAGCUUCCUUUGAGAAGUGCAUUUUUGAUGAUGUCCAGUCAUUGGUGAAGGUAGUCACCCCACCACCUCCUGAGUCUACCCCUCCCCCUUGGACUGCCCCAGCCACACCCACCAGCACUGCGUCUGGUACCCCAUUCAGUAACCCAAAAUCAGCACCUCCUUACCACCUGGCCAUGCCUGCUAGGAAACCUUCGUAUCCUGCCCGUAUAAGGGCGUACCGACAGCUGGCCCCACCCACUCAGACACCAGAACACUCUGGUUGGCCAGGUCCACUGCCAAUCAGGAUCAAGACAUGGAUACCGAAGGAGAGCCCUGCACUCUCACGGAUGGAGAGAGAGAGACUGGAACCAGCUGUUAGUGAAGCUGUCAGCACCGUGUCCAGCAUACUGUCAGUAAAUAGGGUUCCUGGACCUCUCCUGCUUAGCAGAGACCUGAACAAGUACUGCAGAUUUAUCUGGAGGAACAGCAGUGCAGCCAACUACAACCGCUGUGGGAGACCAAAUGAACACUACAGAUCUGAGACCUGUCUGGAUGUGAUUAUCCCAGAUGAACAUUUGAGAGGCUGUGCUGUCUACCCUGACCCCAACUCCCCGGCCAUGACCGUACUGAGGCCAGAGGGGGUGGGACUUCCUGGAACUGACUUCCUGCUGUACCUUCAUACCCAGAGCACUGACAAGUGUCGCACAGAGGCCAGUGUGCUAGCCUACGCAGUGCACUGCCAGACAGACGAACAGGGCCGCCCGCUGGCCGGGGUGGUGGUCAUCUGCAGAAAUCACCUGAGUGGAGUGAGAUUCCACCACCUGAGCGCCGUGCAGAUGCUUAUUCAUGAGCUGUUCCAUGCUUUGGGAUUCUCCAAAGAGCUCUUCAGCACAUGGAGGGACUGCUCCCUCUUUACACACACUGGAUUGAGCUGCGCCCCCCGGGGUCAGGUGACUAACACAGACGAGGCUGGCCAGGUGAGGCUCUACACCCCGAGUGUGAUCAGCGCCAUGCAGGAACACCUCAGAUCCCCCGACCCCCAGCUGGGAGGGCCGCUGGAGAACCAGGGUGGGCGGGGCUUGUCCUCUCACUGGGAGGCUCGGGUUCUGCAGGGGUCUGUCAUGGCGGCGGCGGCGCUGGGCGACCCGACGCUGGUCCGGAUAGACCCGGUCACUCUGGCAGCGCUGCAGGACACCGGCUGGUACUCUGUCAAUCACAGCAAGGCACAGGCCCUGGAGUGGGGAGAGGGUGAGUGGUCGCUGUGUUGGUUCCUCUCCAUGCGCGUGCCCUGCCAUGACAGUUCCUCCCCCUUCUUCUGCACAGGCAGUGGAUCAGGCUGUCAUUACCUUCACCUCCACAAGGGGGAGUGCCAGAGUGAUGAGUACCUGGAUGGCUGCCGCAUUUAUAAGCCCCUGAUCAACGGUAGUGAGUGCUGGAGAGAAGAGAAUGAGAAAGUGAGUGGGACAGAGGAGUGGAGUGGAGAGAUCUAUCGCUCCGACAGUCGCUGCUUCUUCUCCAGCCUCAACAGAGAGGACCUCUCCCUCUCCCCCUCCCCCAGGGGCGAAUCAGUGGGUCGGUGUUACAGACACAGGUGUACUGGACUAAAUCAGUAUCAGAUCCAAGUGUCUGGUUCUGAUUGGGUUGACUGUCCAGCAGGUGUAGCCAUUCAGUUGCCAGGUUACAGUGGAUCAGUUUUAUGUCCUGACAGGAGGUUAUGCCGUCAAUCACAGUCUGUCUCUCCCACAAACAACCAGGCCCCUCCCCUUCAUGCUGGCCCUACCCCCAGCUCCUCCCUUAUAGAGAGUGCUCAGUCUUCCACACAUGUGACCAAUGCUCCUGGUCCAAACUUUGACCCUGGCCCCUCCUCCACGGUGGCCUCAGUGCUGGGGGGCGUGGCUGCGCUCUCUCUCCUGGCAGUUCUCCCUGUGGCCUGCAGGAGGCAGUGUGGCUCCAGGGUCAGGGUGCAUGCUGCUGCAGGGGACCUGGUCUCAGUGUCGCCCCCUGCUGUACAGCAGCAGUCCUGCGGCCUGACCCAGCAGUGCGGGGACUCCACAGCCGCUGACACACGGGGCUGAUUACCUUUCAGAGACAUGAGAGCACUGGAGCACUGAGACUCUGGGGCACUGGGACUCUGGAGCUCUGGGACUCUGGGGGUCUGGAGCACUGAGACUCUGGGGCUCUGGGACUCUGGAGCUCUGGGACUCUGGAGCUCUGGGGCACUGGAGCACUGAGACUCUGGGGCACUGGAGCUCUGGAGCACUGGGACUCUGGAGCACUGGAACUCUGGAGCACUGAGACUCUGGGGCACUGGGACUCUGGAGCUCUGGGACUCUGGAGCUCUGGGAUCCUGGAGCACUGAGACUCUGGGGCACUGGAGCACUGGGACUCUGGGGGACUGGAGCACUGAGACUCUGGAGCACUGGAACUCUGGAGCACUGGAGCACUGAGACUCUGGGGCACUGGGACUCUGGGACUCUGGAGCUCUGGGGCACUGGAGCACUGGAGCACUGGAACACUGGAACACUGGAACUCUGGAGCACUGGAACACUGCUGCUAAGUGUUGCCUGUCAGUCGCGUAUAAUCAGUGCCCUUGCCUAUCUGUAUACAUGUGAUUGCAGCAGAGUGGUGAGUAUUUCACUCGUGUUUAUUUGAUGUCUUUGGUUAUUAAAGGUGUUAUUUUCUGAAAGGCA